AUGACUGGGACUUCCAUAAACAACUUUGUCCCCUUAUCUAAUAUCAAUGAGGAUUCUUCGACAUGUCCACAACAGGUUGAAAUUACCGAUUUCACUAAAUUAGAUCACCAUGCUUUCAAACUAAGAUAUAGGUCCAACUCCAUUAUCUCUGCAUCUACUAUUGAAGAUGAAAAGCCAUUACCAGUUAUUAAAAUCUUAGGAACUGGUGGAACCAUUGCAUCAAAGGCUCAAUCGUCGAAUGUGACAGCUGGUUACGCUGUAGAUCUUACCAUUGAGGAAUUACUUAGUCAUAUACCUGAUUUAUCAACAACGUGCAUAUUGGAGUAUGAGCAAGUUAUGAACAUUGAUUCCAAGGAUAUGGGCUUACUUGAAGUGGAAACAUUAUACAGACAGAUAAAGGAGGAUUUGAGCAAGUACGAUGGGAUAGUCAUUACUCAUGGAACUGAUACAAUGGAAGAGACGGCAUUUUUCAUCCAGUCAACAAUAAACACAGAAAAGCCUAUUGUAUUUUGUGGGAGUAUGAGACCGAGUACUGCAAUAUCAUCAGAUGGGCCAAUGAAUUUGUACCAGGCUAUUGUUAUUGCGUCACAUCCACAAAGCCAUGGACGUGGGGUUCUUAUUGCUUUGAAUGACCGUAUAGGGGCUGGCUAUUAUAUCACCAAGUCAAAUGCAAACUCAUUGGACACUUUUAAAACAGUGGGACAAGGUUAUAUCGGUAAUUUUGUCAAUGAUGAGGUAAAAUAUUACUUCCCUGCGGCCAAACCUUUAGGUAUGACAUAUUUCGAGCUAGACGCAGAGUUCGAUCUCCCUGAAGUGCCAAUAAUAUACGCACAUCAAGGAUUAAAUAACAAGAUUUUGGAAUUGGCAUUGAAGGAGUUAAAUGCCAAGGGUUUAGUGAUUGCAACUAUGGGUGCUGGUUCAUUAUCAGCGGAGACCAAUGAAUUCUUGUCCAAUUUGGUUGGGCCAGGGUUCCCUAUUAUAUACAGUAAGAGGUCAAUGGAUGGUAUGGUACCUCUUGGAGGAUUGCCCAAAUUCAAUGGCAAGGUGUUUGACAAUGCAGUUGCUGGUGGCUACUUGAACCCACAAAAGGCAAGAAUUUUAUUACAAUUGUGUCUCAACGAGGGGUAUGAUUUGAAAAGGAUAAAGAAGGUGUUCAAGACAGUAUAG